ACAAUCUUCCGGAUAUCGUCAGUUCCAUAAAGAAAGAACUAGACACAAGCAAAUAAAAAACAUUGUUUUUAUCUAUAAAUCAGCUGCAGCAAGUUUAUCCCGAUUUCAUAACUAUAAAAAUAAAUAGUAGCAACAGUCCGAACUAUGUCAUCAAAGAAAGUAAACUCAACCGCCACAGCCAGACUUAAACAAGACUACAUGAGGAUAAUGAAAGACCCCGUGCCUUAUAUUCAAGCUGCUCCUGUGCCAUCUAAUAUUCUUGAAUGGCAUUAUAUUGUUGAAGGUCCAGAAAAUUCACCUUAUGAAGGUGGGAUUUACCAUGGCAAAUUAGUUUUCCCCAGAGAAUUUCCAUUCAAACCACCGAGUAUUUACAUGCUGACACCUAAUGGAAGAUUCAAGUGCAACACAAGACUGUGUCUGUCAAUUAGUGAUUUUCACCCUGAUACCUGGAACCCAGCUUGGUCAGUGUCCACUAUUCUGACUGGACUCCUUAGUUUUAUGCUAGAGAAAAGUCCAACCUUGGGAAGUAUUGAAACGAGUCUGUGCACUAAAAGACAACUAGCUGCACAAAGUGGGUCUUUCAACUUGGCAAAUAAAACAUUUUGUGAAUUGUUUCCUGAUGUUGCAGAUAAAAUUCGAGAAAACUUACGAAAACAAGCAGAAGAGUUUAAGAAAUCAACAGAAACUGGUAACCUUUUGAACAACGGAGACAGCAAUCUAUUCCACAAUGGUGUGCCACAAAUUGCUGACAAUGUCCAUCGGGGUGGAAACAGGUGGUUUCUGCGUGGCACAGUGACCAACAUGCUUUUCCUGGCAGGGAUAGCGGCUUUUGCUUUUGUCGUGAAACAUGUUGUCACAAAUGUUGUUGAUACAAUAUAGUCUUGUGGCAUCGUAAGUUUGACUGGGGUGGGAUGCUGUGACUUUAGCGGAAAUGAGAACUGUUGAUAUGAUAUAUUUAAAAAGCUCACUGAAAGAAGCAGAGUUGUUAUUUUUUUGGGCAUUUUUUCCUUUAUGCAGCAACAUGCCAUUAGGUAGAAAAAUCUGGUUCAUAUGACAAAUAAAAACAUAAAUGCUAAAUACAUUUUUUUCUCAAAACUGUAAAAAUUGACAUUUCUGUUAAUUCUUGUGAGCCAUUAUUUCACACACACAUACAUAC